AUGCCUGGCUUCGACUUUACCAACUACAACCGCAAUGCGGCCCUGCACUCGCGCGGUGUGCCUCUGCCCAAGGCCACCAGCACCGGUACGACCAUUGUCGGCUGCAUAUAUGAUGGCGGCGUCGUGAUUGCCGCCGAUACGCGAGCUACCUCGGGCCCCAUUGUCGCCGACAAGAACUGCGAGAAGCUGCACUACAUCACGCCGCAGAUUUGGUGCGCCGGCGCCGGCACGGCUGCCGACACCGAGUUCACCACGGCGCUCAUCUCGUCGCAGCUGGAGCUGCACUCGCUGUCGACGGGCCGCAAGCCGCGCGUCGUCACCUGCAUGACCAUGCUCAAGCAGCACCUUUUCCGUUACCAGGGCCACAUUGGCGCCUACCUCGUCGUCGCUGGCUGCGACCCGACCGGCACCCACCUCUUCACUGUCCACGCCCACGGCAGCACCGACAAGCUGCCCUACGUUACCAUGGGCUCCGGCUCCCUCGCCGCCAUGAGCGUCUUUGAGACACAGUGGAAGCCCAACAUGACCAAGGACGACGCCAUCAAGCUGACCAGCGACGCCAUCCUCGCGGGUAUCUUUAACGAUCUCGGCUCCGGAUCAAACGUGGACGUGGCCGUCAUUACGCAGGAGAAGACGACUCUCCUGCGCAACUUUAUCAAACCCAACGAAAAGAGCGCCAAGCUGCAAAGCUACGUCUUCCCCAAGGGCACCACCAACGUCCUCAACGAGCGCAUUAUUAAGAAGAAUGAUAUUGGGAGAUAUAUCACGGUUCAGGAGGUACCCGUCGAGGGCGACCAGAUGGAGGUUGAUACGUAA